AUGAACCUCUCGCUCGUUGAUCCAUUUGUCCUGGCCCAGGAAUAUCCCGAUACUCUGACUGAGAAACUAAGCAGCGGUCAUGCAACCUGCCUUCGUUUCAACCACACUGGCGACUAUCUAGCAUCCGGUCGAGUUGAUGGUACUGUGGUUAUUUUUGACAUUGAGACCAACGGUGUCGCGCGAAAGCUCCAAGGCCAUACUCGCCAGAUCCAGUCUCUUAGCUGGUCGCGAUGUGGUCGCUACCUCCUAACCUCAUCCCAGGAUUGGAAGUGUAUUUUAUGGGACCUAGAGGAUGGCUCACGCAUACACACCGUCCGAUUUGAGGCACCAGUGUAUAUUGCGGAGCUGCACCCAUUUAACCAUCUCCUCUUUGUGGCUUCACUCUUUGAAGAUCAACCCGUCCUGGUCGAUAUUUCUAAAAGAACACCAGUCAAGCGUAUCCUACCCACCGCCCCCUUCCGACCCGAUAGCGAAGAAAUAGACCCAGCGGCAGCAGCUAAGCGAGCUGCACAAGAUGCCAAACAAUCAACCUGUGUCACCAUCUUCUCAGCAUUCGGAAACCACAUCAUCUCCGGUACAUCAAAAGGGUGGAUCAACAUCAUCACAACCGAAACGUGCAGGACAAUUCACUCCAUGCGCCCCUGCAAUGGAGUCGUGAUUCUCCUCCGUCUUGCCCGUAACGGACGAGACCUACUGCUCAACAGCUCGGACCGUAUUAUCCGCACAGUUCUCAUGCCCGACCUUUCCCAACUCGGGACCGACCUCGAAGAAUCCAACAUCAAACUCAAUGUCGAACACAAAUUUCAGGAUGUCGUCAAUCGUCUGAGCUGGAACCAUGUGACGUUUUCCUCUACCGGUGAAUUUGUCUGCGCGUCAACCUACAUGAACUCAGACAUCUACAUUUGGGAACGCCGUCACGGAUCCCUCGACAAGAUCCUCGAAAGUCCCCAGGAACUCGGCGUGGUGGAGUGGCACCCUACACGGCCGAUGAUUGUAGGCUGCAGCUUGGAGACUGGAUGCAUAUACACGUGGUCGAUCAUCAGUCCACAAAAAUGGUCCGCCCUGGCGCCUGAUUUCGGUGAAGUCGAGGAGAACGUCGAGUACGUCGAGCGCGAGGAUGAAUUCGACAUCCACCCGGCUGAACAGGUUCAUCAACGCCGUCUGGACCUGGAGGAUGAAGAGCCCGAUACUGUCACCGUAGAUUCGGCCAAGGAUAUGACCGAUGCAGAUCUAGCGAGUGCCUUUCGUGUUCCUGUCCUCCUGGACGUCUCGGACAGCGAGAGCGGGGAAGACAUCAUCGCCGUUGGCCCUGGAACCAUGCGCCGACGAACCCCUGGUGCAAGCCGGGAAGCAACUGAUCCGGACGUGGAGAAGGACACUUCUGCUAAUGGUACUUCUCGAGGAGCAGCUCGAAAGCGCCGGCGCUAA